GAUUGGUUGCUGUGGAAAAAUCUCUCCACUUUUUCCCUAACAAUGUUUGAUAAAUCUGGGCCAAUGUAUGUAUGUAUCUAGUAUUCUGGUACAAAAUGAGGCAGAAUGGGUAAGUCUUCCUCUAGGUGGGCCCAUCAUACAGGCCGAUGUCUGGCUGUCAUGGCUGCGGAGUCACCCUCAGGACUUCAUUCCUUUCUCUGAGCUCGUUCUCUACCACGCCGGUUGAAAUGUCAAGCGCUAGUCCCUUUAAAAGAAUUGGCAUUUUUUACAACCAAUCAAAAGCAGGAUUCCUUUCUAGAGGGAGGGGCUUGAGCGUCAGCUAAUGAGAUCGAAGCGUCGCUGGCAGUUGUCCAAUUAUAGUGAGCUUCAGAUUUAGGGCAGGCUGGGCGGGCAUAUAGCGACACUAUGUCUCUGCUCCAAUCACAGCUUACUACGGAAAAGGGGCAGAUAACUGACAGCUCUCUCGUCCAAUCAGCGUGGAGCUAUGCGGCGUAUAUAAGAUUUGCUGUGGCCGGGGUGGUGCUCAGUGGGUUCUCCGGCUGUCAGUGCUGUCAUCUUGGUUGUGCGGUCCGCUCACUGUGACCCGCCCCACUCAGCCCGGACACAGACACCUCACUGGAGUGACCUGACGCUUCGCUUUUAAUGUUCUCUCACGCUCCAUAGUCUCCCCUCACUGAGCAGCGCCCACGUUUACUUCAGCUUCUUCCCCGCUGCAGGACCUGUUGCUGAGCCGCUUUUGCAACUACUAAGCCCUGUCUAUGGAAGUAACGGUUCCUCACGGAAGACUCGCGACUGCUCCUCACCGUAAGGCUCCCAGCGAGUGCGCGGCAGCCAUGUCCUCCCAGCCACCGGCCGACCCCUCACUGUCCUCUCCGCGCUUCAGCGUCCUCUCGUGGCCACAGGUCCGCCGGCUGGACGCCAUCCUGAGGGAGAGUGUACCCAUCCACGGCCGAGGCAACUUCCCGACCCUGUCAUGCCAGCCGCGGCACCUGGUGCAGGUUGUCCGAAAUCGACUAGAAAAGAAUGGUAUCGUGGUUCACAAGGUGAAACUGAAUGGGUCUGCAGCAAGUCAUGUGCUUCAUGAAGAUAGUGGCCUAGGUUACAAAGAUUUGGACCUCAUAUUUAUGGUGGAUUUGAAAGGACCUGAUGCUUUUCAAGUGGUAAAGCAUGCUGUAUUGGAUUGUCUUUUGGACUUUCUGCCUGUAGGGGUUAAUAAACAAAAGAUUACACCUAUGACAUUAAAAGAAGCUUAUGUUCAGAAACUGGUUAAGGUUUGUACUGAAAGCGACCGGUGGAGCCUGAUCUCAUUGUCAAACAAUAAUGGAAAAAACAUUGAGCUAAAAUUUGUUGAUGCACUAAGAAGACAGUUUGAGUUUAGCGUGGACUCCUUCCAGAUCCUACUGGAUUCAAUGCUUAUGUUCAGUCAGAGUUCAGAGACUCUGAUGUCGCAGAGCUUUCAUCCGACUGUGACUGGAGAGAGCGUGUAUGGAGACUUUAAGGAAGCCAUGGACCACCUGCGUAAUCGGACAAUUGCCACCCGAAACCCAGAAGAAAUCAGGGGUGGUGGUCUUCUCAAAUACUGUAACUUGCUUGUCCGUGGUUUUAAACCAAAGUCAGAAGUGGAUAUGAAAACUAUGCAGCGGUACAUGUGUUCACGUUAUUUUAUAGACUUUCCAGACAUACGUGAGCAGUUAAGGAAACUAAAGUGCUAUCUGCAGGACCACUUUGUGGGGAUGGAGGAUAAGCGUUAUGACUACCUAAUGACCCUUCACAAUGUUGUUAAUGAAAGCACUGUUUGCUUAAUGGGACAUGAACGUCGGCAGACACUCACACUCAUUGCAUCACUGGCCCUUCAGGUGUUGUCUGAACAGAAUCCUGUCCCUGCCAUCCCAAACUUCACCUGCUUCUACCAGCCAGCCACCUUCAUGAGUGAUGGGAAUUACAAUAGUUACUAUCUCACUCCUGUCCAGCCGGUUGUGUCUUGCAGCCACUCCUAUCAGACUUGGCUUCCUUGCUGUAAUUGACUUUCGGCUAGAUCACUGACCAACAUAUAUACUCUGCCUUCUAAACUGGGCAAGAAGUGACUGGCUCUUUGAUCUUACCCUGUGAUAAUGAAAGGACAAGUAUCAAACACUCACUCACACAGCCUUUCAACCAACUUUCUUUUCUAUAGAACUAUCAUUAGUGUUGAAAGUUUGCCCCUUUCUGCCUAACUGCAUACUGAUACAAGCUUUAGAACCUAUGUAAAUACUGGGUUUGGACCAAAGUGUAGAAGUUAGAACUAUUAAGUGCCUGUAAAGCUUGACUGGUUCAACUCCUAGAUCAUAGACCAUUUCUUGCUCUCAGUAUUACAGAAUCAUUUUACUGCAGAUCACUCCAGCACAUAUCGUUCUAGAUUUCUGUAGUAUAAUGUGCCUUUUUAGUUCCUUUUGCAAAAAUCAGCUUUUCAUUUUAUAAACACCCAUAUUGCAGAUCUACUGGAUUUACAUAGUUUGGUGCUAAUAGAUAUAUCACCUACCUAAGGGCUUCUUUAGGCUGCCAUAUUUGACUGUACAAAAACUGGACUGGGUCCCAAAGGGUGUUGUCCCUAGUCUGAGACACAAUCUGGUUUUUGGCAGAUAUGGACGUGAACGUAUAAGACUGUGUAAAUAAGCCUUUGCAGUAAUAUAUAUUUUCUUGUAUAUCACGCCAAUGCAAUUUUAUCAUGGCUGACACAUUGCUCAGGCCUAUAGCUUGUCUGCUAAAAAUUCAGUAGGCAGAAAGUUUUUUGUUUUUUUGGGGAGAGUAUGAAAAUGCAGUUUUUGAAAGAUGAAAUGUAAUUUGGCAAAUCUAACAUUACACUAAAACUGAAAAUCACGUCUAUAUAUGGAGCUUAAUAUUAAUAUUCAGUACAAAUAGAAUAAUCAGCUGUCAUGCACAGGAAGGCAUAGUUUUAGCCCUUGGUGCCCAAAUGAUUUUUUUUUUAAUGUUUUAUAGGGUCCAUAGGUCAUGGUUGUGGAAGGCAAGUGUAGUAUUGAGUAAUACUACACUGGCUUAGAGGAUGCACUGUUUGUUUGUUUUUUUAAAUUAUUUUAAUGUCUGACUGCAAGAACGCAUGGCACUGGUCUCACUAGGUAGAAAUGCGCUGUAGUUAUAAAGCGCAGCUCAGAAUGCAGGGAUGCUUACAUGGACUCCUUGCUUGUAUCUCUGGACCUAGAAUUUGUUACAGGUAAAGAGAACAUGUUAUGCUGUCCUUACUUAAUCACGGAUAUCAGUGUCCAUCACUGUGCUAUGUGCUAAUGUUCUAUAGGUUAGUAAAGCUUGCAGUUCCUUUUGCAGUGUGUGGCCAGUGUUGUCACAUGAUUCUGGUGUACUCUUCUCUCCAGCUGCUUGUUGACCUGGAGAGAUCAGCAACAGAUCAUCAUGAUGCAGCAUUGGCUUUGCCCUGCUAGAAUUGAACUGGAAGUUCUCCUAUCUAAAUUCAUAGUUUUCAGCAGGAUUUCCCCUUAUGCACUGUCAUUUCUUAAUGCUACCCUUUGUGGGUGCAGCAUAACAACCAUGACCACUAAAGUGUGCGAAUACAGCAGGAAAUCAUUGUACUAGAGCUCUAGGGAAAUAUUUCUUACAAGAUUGUAUAAAGAGCCACCUGGCUUGGAUUUUACACUUGUAAUUUUAUAACUUUAAAAGGUACCGUAAGAUGUUUGUUGGUCAUAGGUUUUCCUUCAGAAAGUUGGUGAAGCUAAUGACCUGCAUGUGGUUGACCUUGCACAUUGGAGAUCUACCAACCUGUAUAGAAGUGGUGCAGUGGCCAAUAGCAACAAAUUACCUUUUUUAAUUUUUUUUUUUGGAUCAGGUUUUGAGAAAUCUCUCCCAUGGAGUCAAGCAAAAAACAUUAAAGCUCUUAAAUGUACUGGACAUGAUUACUUUUAGACUACAGCACAUAGUGAGUUGCUUCUGGUUUGCUGACAUAUGCCACAAACUUUGGUAUAUAGUGUGAACCUACCCUAACAUUACUAAGGGUAGGUUAAAAAAAGGCUUAUAAAGUUGUGUGAAACACCUUUUUCUGGAAAAAGCUAAUGUAUAAAUGUAACAAAUGUUUCUGUAUGGAAUAGUGCAGCAGGCUGCACUGUAAAUAGAAAGCCUGAUGUAUACCCCCUAAAGGUCAUAAUGAAAUCCUUGGCUACUUGUAAGGAAUGGAGUAAACAAUAGUUAUUAUAUAUGCCAUGAACUUUAGAUUCAUAUGGGAAACUAUACACUGUUUAUGCAAUGUGCAAAGAGCCUUAACCUCUCCUUCUGAAUUUUGUUCAUAUCGAAUACUUGGACAUGCACUUGUGGUGGAAAUCCAGUCUCUGCAACAAAGCACAUUAUAAUGCAGGCAAAUGGUAUUUGGAAAUAACCCAUUCAUUCCCAUGCUCUUAAAAUUUGCAUAGAUUUUGGGCUGAACUUAUAAGGCCAAGUGCAGUUUGGCAAAGGCAUGUUAAUGUUGGCUUUUAAAACCAGGUAUCAGGGUAUGUGCAAUAUUGAGUUCUAUGUAAAACACUUGAGCAGAGCUUACAUGAAUGAGUCCCACUACUUACUGGCCUUUUUGUUUUUAAGGGUACGUUCACAAUAUUGGAUCCUGCGCAGAUUUGAUGUUCAGGAUUUGUAACUGCAGAUUAGAAGCUGUGAUCAGUCAUU